AGUGACGAGAGGCAAACAUGGCCCAGGCGCCUGUAGAUCCAAGUAAUGUGGAAACUGCUGACCCAGAGGAGAGUUCUCCAAAUAUGAUAGUCUACAGAAAGAUUGAAGACAUCAUUACAAGAAUGCAGGAUGACAAAACAGGUGGAGUUCCCAUCCGUACCGUCAAGAGUUUUCUGUCCAAAAUCCCCAGCGUCGUCACCGGUGCUGAUAUUGUGCAGUGGCUUAUGAAGAACCUCAGCAUUGAUGAUCCAGGGGAAGCAAUACACUUGGGAAGUCUUAUUGCUGCACAGGGUUAUGUCUUUCCAAUCUCAGAUCAUGUCCUUACCUUGAAAGAUGAUGGGACGUUCUAUCGUUUUCAGGCACCCUACUUUUGGCCUUCAAACUGCUGGGAACCAGAAAAUACAGAUUAUGCCAUCUAUCUUUGCAAACGGACCAUGCAGAACAAAGCUAGGCUGGAGCUGGCGGAUUAUGAAGCCGAAAACUUAGCAAGACUUCAGAGAGCAUUUGCAAGAAAGUGGGAAUUCAUCUUCAUGCAAGCUGAGGCCCAAGUGAAAAUCGACAGGAAAAAGGAUAAAACAGAAAGAAAGAUUUUGGACAGCCAGGAAAGAGCAUUCUGGGAUGUGCACAGGCCCGUGCCGGGCUGUGUGAACACCACAGAAAUGGACAUUAGAAAGUGUCGUCGUAUGAAAAACCCACAGAAAGUGAAAAAGUCAGUAUACGGGGUUACAGAAGAGUCCCAGCCCCAAAGCCCUGUACAUGUGCCCUCCCAACCUGUACGCAAAACUACAAAAGAGGAUUUCCGGAAACAGAUAACUUUUCUGAACGUGCAGAUAGAGAGACAUUGUUUAAAGAUGUCCAAAGUAGCAGAAAGUUUAAUAGCCUACACAGAGCAGUAUGUGGAAUAUGAUCCCUUUAUAACUCCUGCUGAACCUUCCAAUCCCUGGAUAAGUGAUGAUGCAGCGUUGUGGGACAUCGAAAUGAGCAAAGAACCUAGUCAGCAGCGUGUGAAAAGAUGGGGUUUCUCCAUGGAUGAGGUGCUGAAGGACCCAGUAGGACGAGACCAAUUCCUUCGUUUCCUGGAAUCAGAAUUCAGCUCAGAAAACCUCAGGUUUUGGUUGGCUGUCCAAGAUCUCAAGAAACAACCUCUACAGGACGUAACCACCAGAGUGGAAGAAAUCUGGCAAGAGUUUCUAGCUCCUGGGGCCCAAAGUGCUAUCAACCUGGAUUCCCACAGCUAUGAGAAAACAAGCCAAAAUGUCAAAGACCCAGGGAGAUACACAUAUGAAGAUGCACAGGAGCACAUUUACAAGCUGAUGAAGAGUGACAGCUACGCGCGCUUCCUCCGUUCGAAUGCUUACCAGGACUUAUUGCUGGCGAAGAAGAAGCCAGAGAAUGAGCAAGGUCGUAGAACUUCUCUAGAAAAGUUCACUCGCAGUGUGGGUAAGUCUCUGGCCAGCAAGCGCCUCACGGGCCUGAUGCAGUCCUCCUGACGGCUUGAGCCGACUGCCCCGCGGGAGAGACGCCUGGGACCGCUGCCGGGGACGGGGCAUUUCGGGGAGAGCAGAUUCCCGGGGGGAACAGAGCCUGAGCAAGUGCAAGCGGAGAGCCAUGUGCCGGGGGAGCACCUCUCUUCACAGUUUACAUCGACACUUUUCCUCCCUGCACAGCUUUGUAAGGACAGCGAGCUCUGUGCAGGUACUUUGUUUCCAACCGGGGUUUGGAGGAACACGCUUAACUGUAUGCAGAAGGUCGACAAGGCAAGGGCUUGCUGUCUUGUUCUAUAAGGAAACAGACCCAGCCACAACUUAGAGAAAGGAGAGCUGAGAGGGAUCGGUAUUUUUCCUUCAUCUCUUCUCUCCCCGGCACAAACAUGGCUGUAAUAGAUGGCGCCGCAAUCUCACUUGCUCCCUUUCUUGUGGCCAUCUGGAUCCAAUAAAAUAUCUGCUGGAAGCUGCUUCUCCUUCUCACAAAAUCUCAAAUGCAUUUCUCCUGCAGAUUCAUUGACUUUGUUUUUCUUUCCUAUGUCUCUCCUCCUUUAAAGCAGUGAAGAAAAAAAUAACAACAAAGCACUAUUUAGGUUCAUCACCUGCUGUCCCUCCAAUAGCAUGUAGCAGGUCGAGAGAUGAUGGCCAGAUCCUCAGCUGAAGUCAGAAGAGUGUGAGUGGUUUUCAUCAUCUGAGGAUCUGCUCCAUUGAGUCAGACUGAUCCUGGUGCAAGUCCUCUGACGUCGGCGGAAUCGCUCUGCAUGUGCGUGUAGUGCAAAUGUGAUCAGACUCUGCCUGAUGCUCAAAAAGUCAUGUUUUAGAUAUGUAAUGUACACACAAACACCACACACACACAUGCGGUAUUUAAAAGUGAGUUGUUUUAUACUGUAUUUGAUUUUUUAUUUAUUUAGGGUUUUGCAUACUUACUCAAUGAUGGAUGUUCAAGCUUUACUCCGAGUAGAUAGAAUUAGACUCCAACUCCAAUCACAGAGGGCCAAAAAUCUGCUCAUGUGUAUACAGGGAAAGGCAACUCUGAUGUGGGCAGGUAUCAAAAUUCAGUCUACAGUGAAGAGGGAACGGAUGGAGAUGGGACUAGCAGAAGCAAAGUGUGAAUGGGCAGGGCGCUGGGUGCCAGGUAACCUUUCCUAAACAGCAACACACCCAGCUGUGGUAUAAUGCUCGGUUAACUGACUCGGCUGAGAAGCACCAUUGUAAGAGUGAAAUUGUACUGCUGGAGGAGAUGAGCUUCCACUAAAACUCAUCUGACUUAACAGCCCUUGAAUACAACUGCAAGAGGUGACCCAGUAGCUUGUUUCAAAUUGUUGGGGGUAUGAAGGCUAGGAUGAGCACAGAACUGAAGUGACUUUAAUUAGAAACCCCACACAUACUAACUACAGAUAGGAAAAUGGACUGCAUUCACAUACAGUAUAUUGCCUAUGUAUGGAAAUUUCAAGACUCAGUUGACUUUGUGCCACAAAACCUCCUGUAUUUUGCAAGCAGUUCAGAUCUGAAGCAUAUGUGAAAAUAGACAUUUUUUGGCCUUCUUCACUCAUGCCAAGGCAAAUUGGCUUUUUGUGCAGGUGGUAGAAAUUGCUAUAUGGCUAUGAGUUUGCGUUCCUACCUAGGCAAAACCAUCUAGCUAAGUAGACAGCUGGCUAUCAACAACAUUCACUUCUGAAGCAAGUAUUAUUCUAAUAUCUAAGGCCUAUGUAUACACAAAAUCAGGCCAACCUAAUUUCUGUCAGAAAAAGUACCUUCCCUCUUUACCUUUUUUUUUUUUUUUUUUUUUUUUUUUUUUCCCCCCUGGAAAACUAUUAUCAAUUUUACCUACGGUGCAUAGAACUCUACACCUGCAUGAAUGUACAGUAGAAUACCAAGUAUGAUAUUUUUCCUUUACACGGGCCUGUUCCCAUGAACAGCCUGCUGUCUGUCUUCAGACCAAGUCCGUCCUACACAUACAUGACACGCAAGUGAGUUCCAGGGCUGCAGAACCAUCGUGGCUGUGCCUGUGUGUUCAUGUGGUGUCCUGCCGCUGAAGGGGGGGCAUUAGAUCCCCUCCAAACUGUCAUGCAUCUGUCCUUGCAGGACCCGUUUGUCCUCUAUUGCUCACCCAGCCAGAGGGUCCCCUCGGGUAAUAGUGGGUCUUUGCGUACCAGGCCUGGUUGUCUACUCAUGCACAUUCGUACGUGUCCCCUGACAUUGUCGCUAGGAAAAUGAAAAGGCUGGCUCUUCUCAGAGCCUCAUUGAUGGUGUUUUUAUCUGUGUCAAACCCACCAUUGCCAUGCGUCACUGCAGCUCUGUAAACCCACAGCUGCUCACACCCCAAGCUACUCUACUGCCAGGGCUAGCCAGCCUCUAGGCUGAGGCAUUUCCCACAGGAGGUCUGUCCUGUGAACCCGCAAACUGCUGUGCAGAGCGUUCCUGAACGGGAUGCAUGCAUAAAGCAUGAAACUCUGGUUUGUAGCAAGAUGCAGCGAUGAGGAAGUGCUGCCGGGGGGGUCUGGGUCUCUGCUUUGAGUGAGUUCCUGACACUGGACAGGUCUCCUCCUGGGGGAAGGAUGGGGUAGCUCCAUGGAGCUACUCCUCAGUGUCCUGCAGCAUAAAGGCACAUGUGGGCAGGACUGGAGGAUGCUGGUGGGUGCACAGGACAGGUGGAAUUUGGGUUAUGGUCUGUGCAGGGAGCGGCAAUGCCAGGCUUUAACUUGGAGAUGUGCUGCUGCCCCGUGAGCAAAGCGCCCUGCUCUGGCUUUCCUGCUCCGUCCCUGCAGGACCAUCGUCGUCUUGGCCGCCGCAGUGUUUUGCCUGUGGGGAAUAUGCUGUGUUUGAACAGUUGAGUGCAUGGAAGGAAUUUUUACAGACACAGAGAGCAUGCAUAUGGGCGUACAUCAGGGGGCCUGGAUGCUGAACAGCUUGCCAUUUAAAUGCACACUCCUGCUAGCUAAUCUGCUCAGUAAUGGCUAGCUGAGCGGACAGAGCUGCCUAUUCUCUGGAGAGAAGAAAGCUCUGCUCCUCAUUUCCUGACAAAUUUCUCUAAAACAAACAUGAGAGUAGACAA